AUGGCGAGCCAAGCCAACUCGCUUCCAGUAGUAAGAUACAGGAAAGGAAUAUCUGCGGAGACAUUUGAAGAAUUUCUUCGGGAGGCGUCUCAAGGGGUCCAAGACGGUGUCGAUGAUGUAUUGACCUCAUACCAAAGUCAAUGUCCGCUACAAGAGGCCAGUCCCUAUCGCUGGCAAUCACACUGGAAACUUAUGCUACAUCUCUUCGGAUGUAGCCCAUGGGACUUGACAACUUGGGGUCUACGCGUCAACAUUCGAUGUGGAUCAACAGUUAUAAGGGAACUAAAUCUACUCCUCCCACACCCUAUUUGGGAAGGAAACGUCGAUAUCUUACGAUACGUCCUCCAGAAAACCGUACUCUAUCGACUGGGGGCAGAUAUAGAGCCACUGGGGCCUUUGACACCAGGCAUUGCAGAUGUCUUGAUUGCGAGAAAGAUGCCGGAUACACCUGAUCUAGCGCUGGAAAUGUGGACAGGAGCCAGCCCUGCAACCAACAGCAACGUGAUCUGUCUACUCGAGCAGGUAUCUAAAUACUGGGUGAACUCCGAGAGAAAGCCAUGGUCUGCCAAGCCUUUUAUUCUCGAACCAGCUGACGUCUUUCGCAUUCAUGAGUCACUGGAUAUUCUUUCACGCCAUCGCCUGGCACCAUUCGCAGUUCAAGAAUACUACGACGCUUUUGUCAAACAAGAGAUGUGGCCCCAUGGCCUAGCUACCGUCGACUCUAAAACGGUAGAACGGUGGGAUAAGACGAUGCUUGCAAUCAAGAACCGCGACAGACGCUUAGGAGAGCCAGACACCCGCGUCGGAAAAGAAAGAGAACGGCACAAGACUUUAGCAUAUUGGGAGAGCCCAAACUGCCAUUCGGGACUUGGAAAAUUGGUAUCACAGAAUAACGCUCCGUAUCUUUUCACCAUGUGA